UACACAGCGAGUACUUUUUUGCUUCAGAAUAUAUACACACUAUCCCUCAAAAACAAAGGUCAUCCACCAAACAAUGGCAACAGCUACCACCAUUGCUGCCAAACCAUCAAAAUGGUUCGCCAACAAAACUUUAAAGCUAAGCCUCCCUCGUUUUCGUUCAAAAUCUAGAUCUUCGACCACUUCUUCCUCCUCCGCCAAUUCUUCACCAAAAACUAGCACCAGUACCAAAGAAAAUGAACUUCGACAAGUUUUUAGCUACUUUGAUGAUAACAAAGAUGGCAAGAUUUCGGUCGAGGAACUUAGAGCAUAUUUCUCUUCUGUCGGUGAUUCAAUGUCCCGUGACGAGGCUCAAAGGGUGAUUCUGGAGUUCGAUAAAGAUGGAGACAAUUUGUUAGAGUUUGGAGACUUUGUUCAAUUAAUUGAAACGGACAACAAGGGUGACGAGGCUAAUGAUUACGUUAAGAAAGCCUUCGAGAUGUUUGAGGAUGACAAGGGCUCGGGAUGCAUCACUCCUAAAGGACUGCAACUAGUUUUGAACCGUCUUGGAGAUCCAAAAUCCUUGGAAGAAUGUGAAGCCAUGAUUCGAGCUUAUGAUCUUGAUGGCAAUGGAGUUCUAGAUUUCAAUGAAUUCCAUACAAUGAUGUCCUAGGCUCCCAUGAUUCCCCAACACACGCACGCACCACCCAAAAACUCCCCCCCGGGCGGGAACAUGUUGAACUUUGUUUGCUGUUUUUUUUUUUUUUAAUUGUACUAUAAAGCCUGUUAUCGUAAGUGUUUUUACAAAUUGCGUA